UAUAAACGGCGCAAUCCCCUGAAGCGAGCAACCCACGCCAGCCCACCUCCCUUCGUGUUUGUGGAGGCUGCGCGCAGCCGCCCGGGGCGGUGGGCACCAUGCAGAGGUCGCCUCUGGAAAAGGCGAACGUUUUCUCCAAACUUUUCUUCAGGUGGACAAAGCCUAUUUUGAAAAAAGGCUACAGACGACGUCUAGAAUUGUCAGACAUUUAUCAGAUCCCUGCCACAGAUUCUGCAGAUAACCUCUCAGAAAAAUUGGAAAGAGAAUGGGACAGAGAAUUGGCUUCAAAGAAGAAACCUAGACUCAUCAAUGCUCUUAGACGCUGCUAUUUCUGGAAAUUUGUGUUCUACGGAAUAUUAUUGUAUCUAGGGGAAGUUACCAAAUCUGUGCAGCCCCUUUUAUUGGGAAGAAUAAUAGCUUCUUACGAUCCUUCCAAUUCAGCUGAACGGUCAAUAGCUUACUAUGUAGGCAUAGGACUCUGCCUUCUCUUCAUUGUACGAAUGUUGCUUCUCCAUCCAGCUAUAUUUGGCCUUCAUCACAUUGGAAUGCAAAUAAGGAUAGCUUUGUUUAGCUUAAUUUAUAAAAAAACCUUAAAAUUGUCAAGCAGAGUCCUAGAUAAAAUAAGUACUGGACAACUUGUUAGCCUUCUUUCAAACAAUCUGAACAAAUUUGAUGAAGGUCUAGCCUUGGCUCAUUUUGUAUGGAUUGCACCUUUACAAGUAGUCCUGUUGAUGGGGCUGAUCUGUGAGACGUUGGACGCCUCAGCAUUUGGUGGACUUGGCUUCCUAAUUCUCGUUGUCCUUUUCCAAUCCUGCCUAGGACGAAUGAUGAUGAAAUACAGAGAUCAGAGAGGAGGAAAGAUCAAUGAAAGACUUGUAAUUACGUCAGAAAUUAUUGAAAAUAUACAGUCAGUCAAGGCGUACUGUUGGGAAAAUGCAAUGGAAAAUAUGAUUGAAAGUCUGCGAAAAACUGAACUGAAGUUGACCCGAAAAGCUGCUUAUGUGAGAUAUUUCAAUAGCUCAGUGUUCUUCUUCUCUGGGUUUUUUGUGGUGUUUUUGACUGUGCUUCCGUAUGCCCUCAUCCGUGGAAUUAUCCUCAGAAAAAUAUUUACCACCAUCUCAUUCAGCAUUGUUCUUCGAAUGACAGUCACCAGGCAGUUUCCUUGGGCUGUGCAGACAUGGUACGAUUCUCUUGGAGCAAUAAGCAAAAUACAGGAUUUUUUGCAAAAAGAAGAAUACAAAACCUUGGAAUAUAAUUUAACAACGACAGGGCUUGAAUUAGACAAAGUCACAGCCUUCUGGGAUGAGGGAAUGGGGGAGCUUUUUGCAAAAGCGAAUGUUGAAAAUGGUAGUGGCAAAAUAUCCACUGCAAAUGGUGGUCUCUUCUUCAGUAACUUUCCACUCCGUUUUACUCCUGUGCUCAAGGACAUCAACUUCAAAAUUGAAAAAGGACAGCUUCUAGCUGUUGCUGGAUCUACUGGAGCAGGCAAGUCUUCUCUCCUGAUGCUAAUCAUGGGAGAACUGGAGCCUUCGGAAGGCAAAGUCAAGCACAGUGGGAGGAUUUCGUUUUGUCCUCAAGUAUCAUGGAUCAUGCCCGGAACAAUUAGAGAGAACAUCAUUUUUGGGGUUUCCUAUGAUGAACUGCGAUAUAAGACUGUUAUCAAAGCCUGUCAAUUACAAGAGGACAUUUCAAAGUUUCCUGAAAAAGAUGACACAGUUUUGGGGGAAGGUGGCAUCACUCUCAGUGGAGGUCAACGUGCCAGAAUCUCCUUAGCCAGAGCAGUGUAUAAAGAUGCUGACUUAUAUCUCUUGGAUUCCCCUUUUGGUUAUUUAGACAUGUUAACAGAAAAAGAAAUAUUUGAAAGUUGUGUAUGCAAGCUUAUUGCCAAUAAAACUAGAAUCCUUGUCACUUCAAAACUGGAGCAUUUAAAGAUAGCAGACAAGAUAUUAAUUUUACAUGAAGGGAGCUGUUAUUUCUAUGGAACAUUUUCUGAGCUUCAGAGUCAACGACCAAACUUCAGCUCUGAGUUGAUGGGAUUUGAUGCUUUCGAUCAAUAUAGCCCAGACAGAAGGAACUCCAUUCUGACUGAAACAUUGAGGAGACUCUCUGUGGACAAUGAUGGAAUGGGUUCAAUAAAUGAAAUGAAAAAGCCAUCCUUUAAGCAAACUUCAGAUUUUCCUGAAAAAAGGAAAAAUUCAGUCAUAAAUGCAUUCAAUUCGAGCCGGAAGUUUUCUUUCAUGCAAAAAACACCACUGCAGGUCAAUGGGAUAGAAGAAAGUAUUGGAGAACCAGCUGAAAGAAGGUUGUCUUUAGUACCUGAUUCUGAACAAGGGGAAGCAAUUCUGCCUCGGAGCAAUGUAUUCCAUCCAGGCCCUACAUUCAAAGGGCAGAGAAGACAAUCUGUGCUUAACCUGAUGACCCGAACUUCAGUUCACGCUGGACAGAGUUUUUACAAAAAAAACAGUAUAUCAGUACGUAAAAUGUCAGUAAUUCAUCAGUCCUCUGAGGUAGACAUUUAUGCCAGACGAUUGUCACGGGACAGUAUAGUAGAAAUAACUGACGACCUGAAUGAAGAAGAUUUAAAGGACUGUUUCUUUGAUGAUACCGAGACAAUGAAUACUGUUACUACCUGGAAUACAUAUUUCAGAUACAUUACUAUCAACAAAAAGUUGAUUGCUGUGUUAAUAAUGUGUGUAGUUAUAUUUACAAUUGAGGUGGUGGCUUCUCUGGUUGGGGUAUUAUAUAUCAAUGGGAUAGCAACUCUAUCUCCUGUAAAUAUAACAGAAACAAGAAAUGCUACCUCUGAUCAAUUGGAUAACGGUGCAGUUAUUAUUACUGAGACAAGCAGCUAUUAUAUCUUUUACAUUUAUGUGGGAGUAGCAGAUUCCCUGCUGGCUUUGGGAAUCUUCAGAGGCAUACCACUGGUGCAUACUCUAAUAACUGUUUCUAAAACUCUCCAUCACAAGAUGUUGCGUGCGGUCCUUCAGGCACCUAUGUCUUCCUUCAACAAACUGAAAGCAGGGGGAAUACUUAACAGAUUCUCAAAGGAUAUAGCAAUACUGGAUGACCUGCUGCCACUUACAAUAUUUGACUUCAUCCAGUUAAUAUUCAUUGUGGUUGGUGCUAUAUUAGUAGUCUCAGUUAUGGAACCGUACAUCUUCCUAGCAUCUGUGCCUGUGAUUGUAGCUUUUAUUAUGUUAAGAGCAUACUUCCUGCACACUUCUCAGCAGCUGAAACAACUAGAAUCUGAAGCCAGAAGUCCAAUUUUCACGCAUCUCAUUACAAGCUUGAAGGGGCUUUGGACGCUAAGAGCUUUUGGGCGGCAACGAUAUUUUGAGACUCUGUUUCAUAAAGCUCUGAAUUUGCACACAGCAAACUGGUUCCUAUAUCUCUCAACACUACGUUGGUUCCAGAUGAGAAUAGAAAUGAUUUUUGUCAUCUUCUUCAUCAUUGUGACAUUUGUUUCCAUUGUUACUACAGGACAUGGGCCAGGAAAAGUUGGCAUUAUUCUCACAUUAGCCAUGAAUAUUAUGGCAACCUUACAGUGGGCUGUAAACUCAAGCAUAGAUGUAGACAGUUUGAUGCGGUCUGUGAGCCGAGUGUUCAAAUUCAUUGAUAUGCCAACAGAAGAAUCCAAAUUUAUACCACCAGCAAAGAAUGGGGAACUUUCCAAUGCCCUCAUAAUUGAAAAUAAGCAUGUUAAAGAAGAUAAUAUCUGGCCAUCUGGUGGGCAAAUGACAGUGCAAGAUCUCACAGCUAAGUAUGUAGAGGGAGGACUGGCUGUACUGGAAAACAUUUCCUUUUCAAUAAGUCCAGGACAACGGGUUGGCCUUUUAGGAAGAACCGGCUCAGGGAAGAGUACUUUGCUCUUUGCUUUCUUGAGACUCUUGAAUGCAGAAGGGGAUAUUCAGAUUGACAAUGUCUCCUGGAACACUGUCUCUGUGCAGCAAUGGAGGAAAGCAUUUGGAGUAAUACCACAGAAGGUAUUCAUAUUCACUGGAUCUUUUCGGAAGAAUCUAGAUCCUUAUGAACAAUGGAGUGAUGAAGAAUUAUGGAACGUUGCUGAGGAGGUUGGACUGAAAUCCGUAAUAGAACAAUUUCCAGGACAGCUUGAUUUUGUCCUAGUGGAUGGUGGCUGUGUCCUCAGUCAUGGACAUAAGCAGUUGAUGUGUCUUGCCAGAUCAAUUCUCAGUAAAGCACAAAUUCUUCUUCUUGAUGAGCCAAGUGCACAUCUUGAUCCUAUAACCUUCCAAGUGAUCAAAAAAACUCUGAAGCAGGCUUUUGCCAACUGUACAGUAAUACUCUCAGAACACAGACCAGAAGCACUACUAGAAUGCCAGCGAUUUUUGGUGAUAGAAGAUAACAAGGUCAAGCAAUAUGAAUCAAUCCAGAAGCUACUGACUGAGAAGAAUUCCUUCCGACAAGCCAUCAGUCAUUCAGAUCGAGCCAGAUUCUUCCCACUACAUCUCAGGAACUCAAGCCAACGCAAGUCCAGGCCUAAAAUUGGUGCCUUGCAGGAAGAAACAGAAGAAGAAGUGCAAGAAACUCGAUUGUGAACAUAUAUUGCUGUGUUGUCUCAUUACAGUUAAGAGGAAGUAUUGUGAGGGGAAAAGACCAGACAAGGGAAAUAUUGACAGAGUACCACUGCAGAAGCAAGCACAGAUCAAGCAAUUAUAUUACUUUAUGAAUAUGUAAAGAUAUUUCACUGUAUUAAAUAAUAUAGGCAACAAUCCCCAAAUAUCAUCCACUAUUUACACACCUGAUUUUUAAAAAACUCAUGAUGGAAAACCUGAUGAUUCAAUUUUAAAUUAUAUUCUUAAAUAUUUCAGCUGUGUCAGCCUAUCCUAUAAAAUAUCAUGGUCGCAGACAUCUAAAUGUAGUACAAGGCAACCAUAGACUACAAUCACUAUCUUUUAAAUCAGAAUCCAUGGCUUAAUUAAAAUUAAAAACCCACUUUUCCUCAUGAAAGCAUGAACCAAGGGUAUAAUGUAUGUGCUUUCUGAGACAAUAAUAGGCCUUGAAUAGUAUUUAUUAUUGUGCCAAUUAUAAAUAUUUAGAAUAUUAACUAGACGGCCUAAACAUUUAAUUUCUGCAUCAAAAAGAGCAUAAUAACUAUCUGCCCUUGGCAUUUAAGCAUGUAAGUUUUCAUAUAAACCAUUCUGAUUAAUCUAUAUAUGUGUUCCUUAUGGCCAGGCAUAAAUUAUGAAGCCCAAAAAGCAUGCUUACUGCCUCACCAAAACUCGGGUGCUGUUCUCUAAGAUAGUACAGUACAGAGGCUUGAUUAGCUGUUAUGACUGCUAUGUUUGUUCAGAAAAUAUGUGAAUUAGAAAACUGGAAAAUAGAUUUAAAUCAGUGACUUAAAUUGCCUUGAUCUGGAUCAGUUCACCCUCAUGGAAAGCUAUGGGCAUUUUGAUGAAACUUAAUUCUGCAGAAUUGCUUGUCCAUGGCAUUCAGCUGAAUUACG